AACCCAACACCCCACCACCACACUCCUCAUUUCGCCCUCUUCACCUUCAAACUCUCCCCUAUUCUUUCAUCCUAUAGUCAUAACACCAGCAUCCUACCCCUUUCUUUUCAUCUUUCACUCUCAUUGCCAGUAAUGGGUGAAGGGAAGGUCUAUACUUUGGCUGAGGUCUCUGAGCACAACACCCCCAAGGACUGUUGGCUUAUCAUCGAUGGGAAGGUAUAUGAUGUGACAAAGUUCCUGGAGGACCAUCCUGGUGGUGAUGAUGUUUUGUUGUCAGCUACAGGGAAGGAUGCGACAGAUGAUUUUGAGGAUGUUGGCCACAGCAGUAGUGCAAGAGCGAUGAUGGACGAGUUCCAUGUUGGUGAUAUUGAUACUGCAACCAUUCCCAGCAAGGUCAACUACACUCCACCCAAGCAACCCCACUACAACCAGGACAAGACAUCAGAGUUUGUUAUCAAGCUUCUCCAAUUCCUAGUUCCCUUGAUAAUCUUGGGAGUGGCUGUUGGCAUCCGCUUCUAUACCAAAUCAGCUUAAGGAUUGAGAGCUCAUGCUGAGAUGGAGAAGAGAUCAACAAUAAGGUUUAUUAUAUUAGUGAACAAUGACCUCUUGUUAUUUCUUUUCAUCUGGAACUGUUACAUAUCAAGGGGUGUUAGGACAUUUGACUUGUCUCUGGUAACGAGUAUGCGCUUGUUCCCUUGCCAAUAUUUUUUUCAUUGUGAGAUCUGAAUUACCUUUCUUCAUCCUCAAUAUGCCAUUGAUAAAAGAACUUCCUUAUUAUAAGUUGGUGCUUCUUGGUGA